CGGGAGUGUCCGUGGGCCUGCUGCUCUAGUGUCGCAGAGAUUCGUCAGGAAGAGCUUCGCAUGUGGCGGCGGCGGCGCCCGGUCACAUUCUCCUUGUCAUCGUUAUCGCGGCGUAUCACAGUGACCUGACACGCUAAUGACAGGCGCUCGCACUUUACCCCAUCCUCGCUCAGACGGUGUCUAUGGAUGUGUCAUCCCCGGCAACGAACUAUCAGUAGCAGCCCCUGCAGUUGCAGGAACGAUAUCAGCGGAACGGCUACCGCUACGGCUGGCGGUUGGCGGCGGGGCGUUUCGACUCGCAUGACACCCCGAACGUCGCGAUGCGUGGGCUAGCGGUGAAGGAUCCGAGGCUGCGAGAGCAUUGAUGUCCACGUCGAAGGUCGGGUCGCAGCGACAUCCGAUAAACGGUCCUUCUUCACUUUCGACGUAGGGUGUGCCACUCAGAGAAAUGUGGUUCUCACCAAAAUGAAACCGGCUGUUCACAAAUGCUUUUCGUUUGGAUGGCUUGAAGAACCGCGGGGUGUCAGCCUGAGCUAUAUUCGAGGCAAGCCCUGGGGAGCUUCGGCACUGCCAUGUCAGUUCGACUGGACGACGUGAUGCACCAAAGCAAUCGGCACGAGAGGAUUCUACUGCCCAUUGGCACUGUCCACGACCUCGCACUAUUCUACGGUAUCCUGUGCUUUCGUGCAUUGGCUGACGUGGGAAUACCAUUCCCUGCAGCAUACAAUCCGAAUGCGGUGGAAACAGACCAACACGCGGGUUGCUCAGAGGCAUACCCUUUUGCGCUUACUACAGCGUCGUUAAGACUUAAGCCUAUGCUCCAGGCCCAGUGCCGCAUCUUCGGCUAUCUUUGGAAUGUCUGGGAAACGGGCACAAGGCGCCGGCCUCCAUCAGUGGCUUGCAUUCUUUCCGGUCAUGCCUAAUCUGAGGUUCUUCUUUCCAGAACAUACAGUAACUGCGCCAAAUCGCAUUUGAGAGCACCCAGGGGUCCAUACAUGGUGCGCUGAAGUCUGGGAGCUGUGCAUCACCGAUCGCUGGUGAGUAGGCUCGCUUGCGCUUGCUCUGUCUUGGUGUUCAUUGCGGUUUUCCGGCUGUGGAUAUGCGUCUACUGCCGACAUGCUCGCUGUCCUUUUUGGAUAGCGAGCUACUGCAGGAGGUCGAGCAGUCCCCGGUGUAGGACGAUGUGUGCCUAGAUCCUGACAAUGUAUCGGCAUUUUGUCGUGUUCUCUGAGUCUGAGGCCCUACGUGUGUCUGUCCCAUCGCCGCAUCUAGCGCUUCUCUACGUUCAUCUUCAUCGAUCCUCCUCCGUACAUGCCAUCUCCAACCACCCGAAUGAUCCCGGGAAGACAUCCUUUGCGCCGAUCUUCCCGCUGGUCUACCAUUAUCCAUGUG